GUGGACGAUCUCUGUUGCCCGGCAACAGUUUCUGAUUCAGCAUAAUCCAAACGCGGCCAAUUUCAAAUAAUUUUAUUCGCCACACCUAUAUCCUAAUCAACACAAUAAUUUGGAUCAUAAUGGACAGGGAGCUCCAAAUUAAACUAGAAAGGGUUCAAGUAGAUGACGUCCCUAAAUACUAUCUCCCACGUACUCAGAAUGUACCCAAAGUCGAUGAGCACUUUCAAACAGUCGACGAGGCCCAUGUUCGGCGGCUCAACGGGACCGAACAUGUUUGUAAGACUGACAACAAAAUAAAAACUACGUGGUCUGAAGUGGAGGAGUUUCCUACCUCAAAAAAUGCUUGUUCAGAGUCUGACAGUGAAGGUCACCAUGUGGUUGAAGUACCGUUGAAGGACGAUGUUGCUGAAGAACAUGGGAAGCCUCGUGAAAUGCACCUUCAGUCGUCUAACAGUCAAAGAGGUCAGGAUCCAAUCAUCAAUUUUACCACCCCCCCAACAGAGGAAGAUAUAAAGCUAUUGCAGUCUGUCCAAGACAAGAAUGGACACAUCAAACGCCCUAAGAAUGCCUUUUUUGUGUGGACUCAAAUCCACCGAAAUGCCUUGAAGCAAGCCUACUCUUUAACCAACAGUCAAGAUAUCAAUACUCUGCUGGCCUAUGUGUGGUCAAAGCUUACUGAUGAACAGAAGAGGCCCUACUUUGAAACUGCUCACAAACUGAGGGUUUUGCAUGAACAACAGUUUCCAGAUUAUCAGUAUCAUCCCAAGAAGAGAAAAUGCAAUUCACAGCAGCUCACAACAGAGCAGAGAGCUAGACUGGCAGAAGGACAACAACAAGCCUUGAGCAUUCCCUGGUACUUCGUACAAGCAAUGCCUUUAGCUCAUCCCAGCUUUCCAGAUGUCUGCAUGAAUGCAUGCCCUGUGUUGAUGCCCCACAUAAUGUGCAAUCAUCCAAUUUCAUCUUUUCCACAUCAUCAAAUUGACUACUUUUCCAGGUUCCAGAUCCACUCUCCAAGGCUUUUCUACACGUCCACCAUUCAUCAGGAACUCCAUUGGGGAACUGAGUACCCAUCACUACACUCACCAGCAGGGGGUAGCAUUUCCUCUGGAAGCCUUCAGCAGGAAACUAUGCAGUUGAGACAUUCUCCUGUUUGGAGUCCAUUGACUCCCCAGUGACUUCAAGCAGGCUUGAUGCUAUCCAUUUGAGCCCAGAAAUAAAAUGUUGUGUUACUCAA